UAAGAAGCAUUUCAAAUGUCAAAAAAGCACCAAUCAAUUGACACAAAGGCAGAGUAACCAGAGGAGACCAGAUUGCACUGUUCAUUUGUCAACUCUCCCUUGUUUUUCAAUAGUGUAGAUAUGUAGAUUGUCGACAAGGAUGUCGCAGGACAGAAGUUCCAACUCCAAUUCCACACUUAAAGAGUGCAAAGUCAAAGUGUGGCAGCUUUCUCACAUCAGCUCUAUUUGCCUAUUCUUGAGAUUUAACCAUCUGCUCCGUUUUCUCUUUUGAGAGAAAGGACUGGUCAAGAACAAAGUCAGGUUUCAUCAACUGACUGGAAUGGAAGCUGAAGAAAAAGUUGUAAUUGUUGUUGAUCCUGGAAGUGAGGUCAAAAUCAGUGUCAAUACUUCCAAGCCUAUCCCCCCUGGGCAAGUAGAAUUACCAAGAGUUCCUGAGAAACACAGGAGGAAAAAUGAAGAAGCCUAUACGCCUCGGUUAGUCUCGAUUGGUCCCCUUCACCAUGGUGAUGCCCAGUUGAAAGCCAUGGAAGAAUACAAAUUAAAGUAUCUAAACAAUUUCCUGCACACUUUUAAAAUUCCACUAGAACUUUUGGCAGAAUAUGCCCAUAGUCAGGAGAAGAAUGUAUGUGGUUGUUAUGAAGAUACCUACAUCCGAGAUCUCUCGAAAUUAUCAGAAGUGAUUUUGUUUGAUGGUAUUUUUAUCAUUGAGCUCUUCUUAAAGAACUACUUUCCUGAAAUGAGAGAGAUGGGUGAUACGAUAUUUGAAAAUCGUUGGGUGUCAAGUGAUAUAGUGCACGAUUUGCUGCUUUUAGAAAACCAACUUCCUAUGAGGUUCAUUGCUACAAUGUAUAAUGGUUUUGUUUCCCGAAAACUGAGCAAGUUUUUGGAUAAUGAGACUGACGAGCCGCCAUCUUUCGAUAAACUAGCUUUUGAGUACUUAAAGAAUGUAGGGAACACCAGGAAACUAGAGCCGAGUACGACCCAUUCAUUUCCUCGUGCAAGGCAUCUGGUUGAGUUCCUAGCAGUGCUUCAUAGGCCAUCACAUCCAAGAGCUGAACCAGAAGAAGGAAAGAAAGUGGAAUUUGGCAAAUGUGCUACUGCAACUAAGUUGCGGGCAGCGGGAGUAAAGUUCAGUCAUGGAGCAGAAAAAUGUUUAUUUGAUGUACGCUUUGAGAAAGGGGAGUUAGUAAUUCCACAGCUCACCGUAAAUGAUUUCACAGAGACUUUUUACCGGAAUCUGAUAGCCUUUGAACAGUGUGGCUAUAAUUCCAAGGACAUAACAAGCUAUGUUAUUCUGAUGGAUAACUUGAUAGACACCCCCAAGGAUGUUGAUCUACUCAUUGAACAUAAAAUCAUUGUGAAUGAACUUGGAAGCAGUGAACAGGUGGCAGAUGUUUUCAACAAUCUCUACAAAGAGAUUGUAACGGAUCCAAAGGAGUUUUAUUUUGCUAACCUCUGCAAUCAACUGAAUGAAUACAGCAGAGACUGGCUGCACAAGUUGGUGACAAAGUUAACCGAGUGGAUUGCAAGCCUACGCCGUGAUUAUUUUCAGAGUCCAUGGGCUAUCAUCUCUUUUAUUGCUGCCUGUAUACUGCUAGUUCUUACUGUUAUUCAGACAGCAUGCUCUAUACUUCAGGUGUAAGCUCAAAUCUCCUUGUAAGUUUCUUCAGAAGUGUAAGUUAUUCAGCA